AUGACCCAAGGCUUCAAGCCGCUCAAGCGGCCGACACCUGCCAAAGGCAAGUCGUCCACGCAGGCCAAACCCAAGGUAGGCAAGCGCAUCGCGCCGAAAAAGCAGUCGGCUCUUUCGGAGGCCAUCCAGAAGCGGAAAAAUACCGCUUCGUCCACCUCGCGCAUCGAGAAGGAAAUGGCGGGUCGCGCGCAGAAAGGACCCCUCACGAUUAUGCGCUCCCUGGCGAAGGAAGCCAACGAAGAGCAAAAAAAGAAGUAG